GCCCUCUGUUGAAGGAUUUACUUCCGGGCACACGGUCCACCCGCUAGCUCGUCGAAAAUCAAAAUGUAUGAAGUGGAUAUUUUUCCGCGCUUCGAGAUAAUGCAAUAAUUUAUGACGACUUCUGCUGUUUUAACUAUAGAUAUAUUUUUUGUUGUUGUUUGGUCGUGUGCAUUUACUACUAUCCGGGUUGUUUCGUUAAGCCAACUUAGCUAGCUGGAAAAACAAGAGUCGGGAUCUUCGUGAAAGACACUUUCUUUACCGCUGGUUAAAAGAUGUCUGCGGAAGAGGCGGCGGACAAAACAACCCCGGCGGACGCGAGUGCGGGAGACGGCGGAGACGAGGAAGAAGAGUGGCUCUACGGAGGUAAAAGAGAUGAUGAUGAGAGAGCCGAUGAAGAAGAGGCCAAACUAUCCGCUGCUGUCAGUGCACCUAUUCCUGCUACCGAGUCAGAAGAGGCAGCUACUACAGGCAACGGAGUGGAAGCUCAGGAGAAGGAGCCAGGAGAUGAUGACGACAGUGAUAGCGACAGCGACGAUGAUGACGAUGAUGUUCGUGUCACCAUCGGAGACAUCAAGACCGGAGCCCCACAGUACACGACGUAUGGAGUGGCUCCUGUUAACCUGAACAUAAAGACAGCGGGAGCCAGACCCUAUGGAACAGUAGGGAACAAGUUAAAGGGUGUGGAUCUGGAGGCCCCGGAAACAUCAAUGGAGUCCCAGUAGUGGAGGUGGACAUGGAGACAUUCGAGGAGAAACCCUGGAGGAAACCAGGUGCUGACCUGUCUGACUACUUUAACUAUGGGUUCAACGAGGACACGUGGAAGGGCUACUGUGACAAACAGAAGAGGCUGAGGAUGGGCCUGGAGGUCGUCAACAUCUCCUCCACCACCAGCAAAAUCACUGUUCAGCAGGGCAGGACGGGGAAUGAGA